CUCCGCGUACGUGGUCUGUGCCUGUCGACGUGUCUGGAUUGGGUGUCCGUGGAGUGUGUGCGCGCCGAGAGCCGGACGCCGCCCAACUGCUCACUCCCUUGCUGUCCACCCGGCCCCGACUUGGCUUCAAACUUUUCUCCCGGUUCCUCGGGCAACAGCCCCCUUUCUCCCCACUGCAGCCCAGCCGGGGGACGCGGGCAGCCCUCCCGCCUUGCUCCUCCGGAGGUCCUGGGCCGCGAGGGCGUGGGAUGGGAUUGGUGGGUCGGGGAUAGGCAGCGCCUGGGGCGUGGCCGUGGUCAGGGCUGGGCGGAGCGUGCGGACACCCCCGCGGACCCCGACUUGGAGGGAGGAGGGAAGUGGCUGGUCCUGGGCUCUGGCCCGGGUCUGGAGAGAGAAGUGGGCGGUUGGCGUUGCUCGCCCUGCGCUUCUUGGAGAGAGCGUGUGACCCAAAGAGACGCGUCUGCUUGGCUGAGAGACCGGCUCCAGCUCCAGCCCCAGACUCGGCUUUGAGAUCCGCUCUCCAUCUGCAUCCAGCCCUGGGGUAGGGGGACCAGCCCUCCGAUUUGCCUCCACCAUGCCGUGGCCCCUGCUGCUGCUACUGCUGGCCGUGAGUGGAGCCCAGACAACCCGGCCAUGCUUCCCCGGGUGCCAGUGUGAGGUGGAGACCUUCGGCCUCUUCGACAGCUUCAGCCUGACUCAGGUGGACUGCAGCGGCCUGGGCCCCCACAUCGUGCCCGUGCCCAUCCCCCUGGACACGGCCCACCUGGACCUGUCUUCCAACCGGCUGGAGACGGUGAAUGAGUCGGUGUUGGCGGGGCCAGGCUAUACCACGCUUGCUGGCCUGGAUCUCAGCCACAACCUGCUCACCAGCAUCUCGCCCACCACCUUCUCCCGCCUUCGCUACCUGGAGUCGCUCGACCUCAGCCAUAAUGGCCUGGCGGCCCUGCCGGCCAACAGCUUCACCAGUUCACCCCUGAGUGACGUGAACCUUAGCCACAACCGGCUCCGGGAGGUCUCAGUGUCUGCCUUCACUACCCACAGCCAGAGCCGGGCACUGCACGUGGACCUCUCCCACAACCUCAUUCACCGCCUCGUGCCCUACCCCGCGGGGGCCGCCCGGCCCGCGCCCACCAUUCAGAGCCUGAACCUGAGCUGGAACCGGCUCCACACCGUGCCCGACCUCCAAGGCUUGCCCCUGCGCUACCUGAGCCUGGAUGGGAACCCCCUGGCUGCCAUCGGCCCAGGUGCCUUCGCGGGGCUGGCGGGCCUUACACACCUGUCGCUGGCCAGCCUGCAGAGGCUCCCCCAGCUGGCACCCUAUAGCUUCCGCGAGCUGCCGGGCCUGCAGGUUCUGGACCUGUCGAACAACCCCAAGCUCAAGUGGGCAGGGACUGAGGUGUUCUCGGGCCUGGGCUCCCUGCAGGAGCUGGACCUUUCGGGCACUGGCUUGGUACCCUUGCCUGAGAUGCUGCUGCUCCAUCUCCCAGCGUUGCAGAGCGUCAGCGUGGGCCAGGAUGUGCGGUGCCGGCGCGUGGUGCGGGAGGGUGCCUAUCCCCGACAGCCUGGCUCCAGCCCCAAGGUAGCCCUGCACUGUGUAGAUACUCGGGAAUCUGCUGCCAGGAGCUCUGACAUCUUGUGACAAAUGGUAUGGCCUGGGGCCCCAUGACAGACUGCCGCCCUGGGCUUGCUCAGGUCCUGAGUAACUUAUAUUUUAACGUGCCAGUGCCAGUGGGGAAUCUACAAGCGUGUGUGGCGGCAUCAGCGCAGGAGGUGUGGACCUAGGAGAGGCUUUGGACCUAGGACCAACACUCAGGAGCAAAGUCUUGCCCCUUUGUCUAUGUUGCCCCCUCAAACCAUGAGCAAAGGGACUUCAGUGCCAAACCAGACUCUGGUCCCUUCCUGCUGCCCUUCCCCACUUGUCCCCCAAGUGCCUUCUCACAUGCCUGGCCCGACCUGACCCACGAAAGGAGGAGGGUGGGCAGGAGCUGCCACUGCAGGGCAGAGUUCAGGUCCACGGGGCUGAGCAUCCCCUUCGGGCCCACGGUCCGUCACUCAGAGGCAUGAGUUUCUUUUAUGACAUAGCCCCUUUGCUCUGGGCCCAUGAGGCUGCUUCAUCCUUUUCUCUUCCCCUGGAACCCUGGGUAUAACCUUAAUUACAGAAGGAACUGGAGAGAAAAUCAAAUCCAUCCUCCUCAUGGGACAGAUGGAGAAACAGAGGCCUAGGGAAGGAAAAAUGUUAAUCUGAGUUCCUCCAGUGGCAGAGGCAUGUCAGGGACUCACUGUCCUGCCUUCCAGCCCAGGUCCUUUGCCCUUUCCUGUCUUCUCUAAUAAGUCCUCCCCUUCCUAGGCUCCCCCUUCCCAUCAUUUGUGCCCUUUCCCUGUCAUCCCCAGGAGCAGCAGCUGCAGGACAGGCAAGGGCCUUGAAAGUGGGUCUCUGGGCGCAGUGACCGGCUGUAUCACAUAGUCGGCUCACCUGUCGCAGCCUCUGGAGGCUUAGGGCAUUUAGUUCCCAGCCCUGCCAGUUCCUCGCUCGGGGGUGAGGUCCCCCAACAUCACAUCAAGACUGGAAAUGUACCUGUUUUCCCUGAGACACUGCCUCUAGCUGCUCCCCCAGGGGAGUUGAUGCAGUCCUGGAGCCCUGUCUGGUCGUGACUCCAAGGGCCUCCUGGAUUCACUGGCCCUGAGCCCAACAGCCCGGCUCACCCUCCCACCCUCCCAGGGAUGCAGCAGCAGGAGGCAGGGUCUCCCCAACCCAUGUUUAUGCUCCAUCCCCAGGGUGGCAUCUCAGCUUCCCAGCCCUGGGCCCUUUCCUUAGCCUUCCUUUUAUAAAAGUUGCUGCCUUUUUAAUGGACUGACACUUUCAACCCCCAUGCCCCACCCCUGCUGGCAGGGGAUGGAAAUAUGUCAUUUGUAAAAGAAGAAAAAGGUCACAUUUGUUCACUUUUGUAAUAUUGUGUCCUGGGCAUGUGUUGGGGGUGUUGGGCGGAAGCCAGCCAUCAGUGGCCAUGUGGGCUCUGGGUGGGGGGGGAGGCUGGUCCCACAGAGAUGCCCGCAGGGCAGUGAGAGCUCUGUCUUCCCCACCAGCCCAACCCAGCGCCUGACUAGUCCUCCGUUUA